AUGCCAAGCUCUACUAUAAAAUCAUCAGCUCAAGUAUUACAAACUUUCAAAAACCCAGAAUUGAUCAAAACUAAAGCUUACGUUAAUGGUAAGUGGAUUUCCAGUUCUACAGGGGAGAAAUUCGACAUAAACAAUCCAGCAUUGCCAGCCGAUGAAGGAAAAAUAGCUACCGUCGAUUCCAUGUCCGAACUGGAUUAUAAUCAAGCAAUCGAGAAAGCAAAUAUUGCAUUUGAAGAAUUCAAGAAAACUUCGGGAAGAUCCCGUGCAGACUUGCUUGAAAAAUUAUAUGAUUUAGUUAUGGAAAACAAGGAAGAUUUAGCCAAACUACUAGUAUUAGAAAAUGGUAAACCGUACGCAAAUGCAAUCUUUGAGGUUGAAUAUGCCGCUUCUUUCUUCAAAUGGUUUUCAGAAGAAGCUCCCAGGAUCUAUGGUGAUAUUAUCCCAGCCUCAAAUUCUAAAAAUAGGAUCCUAGUUUUUAAACAACCAGUUGGUGUAUGUGGGAUCUUAACCCCUUGGAAUUUCCCAUUAGCUAUGAUAACUAGAAAAUUAGGUGCUGCAAUUGCUACUGGAUGUACUUCUGUGAUAAAACCGGCUUCUGAAACUCCACUAUCAGGAUUGGCUUUGGGUUAUUUAUGUGAACAAGCCAAGAUUCCUUCUGGUGUGGUUAAUAUAUUACCUUGCUCCGAUGCCUCCAAAGCUGGGAAAUUAAUUACCGAACAUCCAGGAGUCAACAAAGUCUCCUUCACUGGAUCCACAUCGGUUGGAAAGGUCCUUAUGAAACAAGCUGCUGGGACAUUGAAGAAACUUUCAUUUGAAUUGGGUGGAAAUGCUCCCUUUAUAGUUUUUGAAGAUGCAGAUAUUGACGAAGCCGUCGAUGGAGCAAUCGCAUCCAAAUUCGAAACAAGUGGUCAAACAUGUAUUUGUGCCAAUAGAAUCUUUGUCCAUGAAGACAUAUAUGAUCAAUUCUCAUCUAAGUUGGUUGCAAAAUUAAAACACACCAAAUUAGGUAAUGGACUCGUUGACGGUGUGACACAUGGUCCAUUGAUUCAUGAUAAUUCAAUGAAGAAAGUCAGAGAGCAUAUCGAAGAUGCAACUUCGAAAGGUGCCAAGAUUUUAGUUGGUGGAUCAAAACGUCCUGAAUUAGGUGAGCAUUUCCAUGAUUUAACCGUGCUUGGGAAUGUGAAUACCGAUAUGAAGAUAACUCAAGAAGAAACAUUUGGACCUGUUGCUCCAUUGAUUAAAUUCACUCUGGAAGACGAAGUUGUCAAAUUGGCCAAUGAUACUAAUGUUGGUCUUGGUGGUUAUUUCUAUUCCAAUGAUUUAAGAAGAGUGUUUAGAGUAGCGGAAGCAAUGAAUGUGGGAAUGGUGGGUGCUAAUUCUAGAGAGAUUUCUGAAGCUGAAAUCCCGUUUGGUGGAGUUGCGGAAUCUGGAUUUGGGAGAGAAGGUUCAAAAUUCGGUUUGGAUGAUUAUUUGGUGACUAAGAGUUUGGUUAUUGGUAAUGUCUAG